AUGUCUUCGCAAGGCCAAAACAGUUAUCUUCCCUCCUAUGCGUCCUACAACUGGACCGGUGCUCCAGCGGACUACACCCUGGCCACAAAUGUCAGAACAGGAGGAGAUUCAAGAACGGAAAACUUGAACAAGUGGUAUCAGUCAGGCGACCAAGCAUAUAUCAUCCUUUCAUCAUGUCUCGUGUUGGUCAUGGUGCCCGGUCUGGGCUUUUUAUACUCUGGUCUCGCCCGGAGAAAGUCGGCACUUUCGAUGAUGUGGGCUUGUAUGGCCGCGGGCAGUGUCAUUAAUUUCCAGUGGUAUUUCUGGGGCUAUUCUCUCACCUUCUCACCUUCGGGCCAGAGCGGUUUCAUUGGGGAUCUGGUUCACUUUGGCCUGAAGAGGACGCUCGGCAACCCGAGUCCCGGCUCUCCCCUGAUACCCAGUCUGCUGUACUCGUUCUACCAGAUGCAAUUCUGUUGCGUAACGGCCGCUAUCAUUGCCGGUGCGGUCGCCGAACGUGGGCGGCUGAUGCCCUUCCUGGUGUGGAUCUUUCUCUGGGCUACCCUCGUUUACAACCCGAUUGCUUGCUGGGCCUGGAACGCCAACGGAUGGGCAUUCAAAUACGGAGUGAUGGACUAUGCUGGUGGCGGUCCCGUCGAGAUCGGCUCCGGCCUGUCUGCUUUGGCUUAUUCGAUGGUUCUUGGAAAGCGACAAGAGAAGAUGAUGCUCAACUUCCGACCCCACAACGUAUCCUUCAUCCUGCUGGGAACGGUCUUUCUGUGGUUCGGUUGGCUCGGCUUCAACGGCGGCUCUUCGUUCGGAGCCAACCUGCGAGCGGUCAUGGCAUGCUGGAACUCCAACCUGACGGCCACCUUCGCUGCGGCAUCGUGGGUCCUGCUAGAUUUCCGACUGGCCCGGAAAUGGUCCAUGGUCGGCUGGUGUUCCGGCACCAUUUCCGGACUGGUGGCCGCCACCCCUGCAUCUGGCUAUCUCGAGACUUGGGGGAGUGUUGCUUUGGGCAUCGUCACGGGCAUCGUCUGUAACUUUGCCACCAAGAUCAAAUACUGGAUCAAAAUCGACGACUCCAUGGACGUGUUCGCCGAGCACGGUGUUGCGGGCAUUAUCGGCCUGAUGUUCAACGCCCUGCUCGGCGUCGACUACGUCGUGGGCCUGGACGGCGUCAACACCGGCGUCUCCAACCCCGAAACCGGUACCGGCAUCGGAGGAUGGCCCAUUGGCAACUAUCGACAAUUCUACAUCCAACUCGCCUACGUCGUCGCAUGUACGGGCUACGCCUUUGUCAUGAGCGCCAUCCUCGCCUACAUUGUGAACUACAUUCCCGGCCUCCACUUGCGUGCUUCGGAAGAAGCCGAACUGCUCGGCAUGGAUGACGAUCAACUGGGCGAGUUCGCGUACGACUACGUCGAGGUCCGUCGCGACUACCUCGCAUGGACGCCCAACAAUCCCGACCAGAACGGCGUGGACCCGGACAUGCCGCACGAACACCGCUUCGGCAUCGGCGAGCACACCGACAUGAUCAAGAAGGCCAGCAACACCAACGGGGAUACCCUCCCGAGCCCGAGUCGUUCCAAGCAGCAUCUCCCCGCUCAGGGUGAUCGCCAUGCCAUCGCGGCCGAGGACAAGGAGAAGCACAAGCACGAUCCCGCGGCUUGA